AUGCGGCGAUCAGCGCUCUCCGUCAAUCAGCACAGAACAGAAUCUUCGCAGCAACCAGGAUCCGACGACCACGAAGAUGAUGAUAGACACGAGUUCCCUGAGAAUAGCCGCGAGGCCUGGCUUUGUCUGCUUGGCUCCUUUUUUAUGAUGCUUCCGUCGUUUGGCUUCCAGACUGCUGGCGUUCAAGUCGGUCCUCUUUUUGACCGGUACGGGGCAAGGAUCCUGGUCAUCAGCGGCAGUCUUGCGAGUUUCCUUUGCUACAUGCUCCUCGCGCAGUGCUCUGAAUACUGGCAUUUCAUGCUCUGCCUCGGGGUCCUCGGGGGCAUGUCCUCGGCCGUCAUCACGACCGUCUCUAUCGCUGUCCUGAGCCAUUGGUUCUACCGACGCCGCGGCCUUGCGUCUGGCAUCUGCAUGGCAGGGUCCUCGACCGGCGGGGCGAUUAUCCCUUUACUGCUCCGGACGCUUUUUCAGAAAUACGGUUGGCUAUGGUCAAUUCGGAUCAUUGCCUUUCUGGCCCUCGGAUGCUAUGCACUAGGCGUGUUCCUGAUCAAGGGGCGACCUCCGACUAGUAGCAGCAGCAGCAGUAGUAGUGACAAUGCGAGUCGGGCUACGAUUGACUUUCGCGCCUUUUCUUCCCCGCGCCUUUGCUUUCUCGCCAUGGCUGUGUUUUCCUUUGAGUUUAUCAUCUUUGGCUGUGCUGCUUUGCUCCCCACCUAUGUUCGCUAUGCAGGGCUUUCUGAGGACGUUCAAUUCUAUUCCUUGACCCUUUUGAAUGGCAUGAGCCUCUUGGGCAGAGUGCUUCCGGGAUUCGCGGCGGAUCAAGUCGGGAGAUUCAAUACGCUCGUCUCGAUGGUCUGCAUCACGCUGGUCAUCAUGGCGGCUGUCUGGCUCCCAUUCGGAUCUCACGACUCGGCCACUCUCUUGGUUGUCGUCGCCAUCUUUGGCUUUGGGUCUGGUGGAUGGCUGUCCCUGGCGCCUGUCUGUGCGGGCCAGCUCUGUCGAACUCAGGACUAUGGUCGAUUCUACGGCACAAUCUACAGCGUUGCAUCGUUUGGGGUCUUGCUUACGGUGCCUGUCGGGGGAAAGUUACUCCAGUCGACUACUCCUAAAGCCCUCAUUGGGUUUUACUCAGCUGUCUUGCUUGCGGGACUGGAAAAUGCCAAUAUGUUUUGGCGAAAUCUUGCAAUAGCUGCUGGCCUUCUCGGCACUGCUGGAGCACAGCAGUUCCUCGAACCCUCCGGUGCAGAUGGUUCCAUUACCUAUACAGUCGGCGAGACCGUCGGCAUUUCAUGGAAUGGCACGUCGGACUAUAGCAUGCUAUCGCUGGGGCUGCAGCAAAGCAACAGCGAUGAUACUACAUCCUGGCUACUCUCCAACUCGGUUUCCUAUCCCGAUUACAUCUCAUGGACGGCCACCUUGUACGCCUUUAGCCUGAACAGUUCGGAGCUUUUCCACUUCAUCAUCGUCAACGGCACCGAGAUGGGCUCGCCCUUUUAUUCGCCCCUGUUCUACAUUAGAGAAGCAUCAUCGAGUACUGCUACUACUACAUCGACCGGAACAGCUUCUUCAACGUCGGCCACAGCAACAGCGACAGCCUCCCCGUCCUCUACAUCCUCCGCGCAACCGACGAGCAACGGACUCACUACAGGAGCCAAGGCUGGCAUCGGCGUCGGAGUCAGCAUAGCAGGUCUUGCUAUUAUCGCUCUAUUGGUCUGGUUCGCUCUUCGACAACGGCGGCGUCAAGGGCUCCCAGUGUCCCAGACCCAGACCCAGGCCCAUGUCCAUGUCCAAGAGCCACCACAACUUCUGGAUUCAAGAGAACGGAAACAGCUUUUUGCGUCUGAGCUCCCUGGCGCGUGA